GGAAAGGCCUUGGAGAGGGAUGUUGAAGACUGGUAGUUUAUUUUAGCUUCUAUAGCACUAGGUUGGAUAAAAAUUACCGCGAUGAGCGACGGAGAGAAAAGAGAGUCUCUUAGUCGGGAGGUGGAUCCAGCAAUUUGGGCCGUGGCUCCUCGAUUGCAUCAAGAAGAGGGCCCCGUUGAUGUAACAGCCAGUCCAGCUUUUCAAUGCUUGGACGAGGUUUGUACAUCAUCUGCUCUUUGUUAAGAUUUGUGUUUUUAGUGCGAUAACAAAAUUAAAUUCAAUUAAAGAACCUAAGUUUUCAGAUUUUGGCGCUUUAUACCGACAUAGAGGAUGUACGUGCAGGAGAUUAUUGAUUUGUUCAGAUUGCACCUUCAGCUGAUCAUGACUAAAAAUGAAAAUAUGUUACUUGCCAGAUUUGACCUGUAAAGCUUCAGAGUUACGAUUUGAUAUUCACAAGUGAACUACAAUUAAAGAAUAAAUUUAGUAAAAAGAAGUGCCUUAACAUAUACUUUAGACUUUAAAGCCUGAAUUAUCUUCUCAGGUUUUGCCAAAUGAAGUACUUUCGGCAAAUUAUUUCUUGAGAAGGGAGGGAGGGAGGGUUUUUUCUUCGAGUAUAAAUUCGGCGCUUAAUUAUUAGGUUUUUAGAAUAUACGGUAUAUUGAUUAGUAAAUACUAUCAAUACGUCUUGCACUCAUAGAGGGACAUUUACAAAUCAUGCAAUAUUUCAUUUUAUUUUUUUGUGUAUCAAAUUUUGUCGAUAUACCAACAGUUUUAUUCGGUAUACUGAAAUUUAACUUUAAUGUAUAUGUAACAAAUUAAUUAAGUUUUGUAUUUCUCUUGUCAGUUGUUUUCACAAGGGAAACUAGCAGGAGAGAAAGUGGCUAAGCUAAAAGCCAAAUAUACCAGCCUUCAUGAACGUCUUAAAGCUACAAGAGAGCAGGAAUCUUCACUGCUUCACAAGGCAAAGGAAAUGCACCAAGAAGUACAAAGACAGAGAGCUGAGUUGGAGAAAGGAGACAGCUUUCCUGAUGGUGACAACACUGAGGUUAAUAAAUUAAGGCAAGAACUUCUGAAACAUCACAAUGAACUAGCACAGGCAGAUGAAAGGCAGUAUCAACUGGAAUUCAAACUGGAAGGUUUGAGAGAAGAAAAGAUGAUGUUGGAAAGGGAUUAUGCAAGGAUGCCCAAACCUGGUGAAAUAGAAAAGCAGGUCAAAGAACUGCAAAAAUCAGUCGAAGAACUCAAAGUUGAAAUUGCACAAAGAACUAUUGAUUGUAAAAGUCUGAAGGAAGAGGUUGAAAACAGAGAAGUGCAAGUGAAUGCACUGAGAAAAGAGGUGGAAGAUGAUCUAGAGGAACAGCAAAAUUUAAGGGUAAGUUGGAUUUGAUGUGGAAUAAAUGAGCCUUUUUGUAAUACUACAAAAAGGUAAAGGUUUCUAUUUCUUGUUCAGGUGUAAGUACUUAUUUUGUAGUCUUGAAACUGUCACAAAUUUGACAAAAUGUACUCUCCCUCUUUUGUGGAGAAGUGCAUGAAUGUAUGAGGUGCAACAGCGUGAUAUGUACUGUUUUCAACUGAUACUUUGUAUCUUGACCUUUCUGGAUAUCACUUGAAAGUAGACAAAUGAAUAACAAAAUGAGUGUUUUUCAGUUGGACAAAGCCAGUGUGACAUUAAAAAAAUUGAAGAAAAUGUUAGAAAGUGCUCCCAAAAAGUGAUUACAAAUAUUAGUAAGUAAGAAAGUAACUUUAUAUUUGAACUCCAGUUAAUGAGGCUGAUUAAGCUGAUUAAGAAAAUAGCCCAAAAAAAUUUUUUAAAAAAAUGAAAAUAAUAGUCAAUUGUAAAUGUUGAAUGUCAACAAAGUUGUUGUGCCAUCCUAAAAUGAAUUAUUUUUUUGUUUGAUUAUUGAAUUUAUAGGAUCAACUGGUACAAGUUCACUCACAACCAGCACAUAUAACCAAACAGACUGAUCUUUUGUCAAGACAACUCAGGUAUUUUUACAGUAAUAAUUAUGCAGUGCAUACAAGAAACAUUAGCAAACCUUUUUGAUUUUUAAAAGAAGCAAUGAUAAUAUUGUACAUGCAUGUCAUAAGAUCAAUCUGUAACCAGCUGCAAUGAUACAAUGUUUUGGACAAAGGAAACUUUUUUAUGCUGACAAGAUAGUAUAGUAUAUUACAGAAUUUUGCACCAAGUUAGCAUAGAUUACACAGCCAUUAGGAGGUAAUCUGGUCUUGUUUUAAAGGAAAGCAGAUAAUGCAGCUAGCUCUAUCAUAAAAAGGCUUAUUAAAGCUGAAGCAAAGCUUUUGGAUUUUGAAAAGAAGCAAUGAUAAUAUUGUACAUGUAUGUCAUAAGAUCAUUCUGUAAACCAGCUACAAUAACACAAUGUUUUGGACAAAGGAAACUUUUUUAUGCUGACAAGAUAGUAUAGUAUAUUACAGAAUUUUGCACCAAGUUAACAUACACAGCCAUUAAGAGGCAAUCUACUCUUGUUUUAAAGGGAAGUAGAUGAAAAACGAUCCAACUUGGAUGGAAACAUAGAUGAAAUAUCAAAAGAGCUCCAGAGAACAGAAGGAAAAAAGCAAUAUUUGGAAGAUGAAAAAAAAGACUUAUCAGAAGCUCUUGACAAACAGCGUCACAUUUUUGAGUCAAAGGUAUGGCACCUUAAACUUCAGCUAAGUAAAAGUAGACAGGGUUAUUAAUUUAGGGAUUGAUAAAUGUGGUUACUAAAAAUACAAAAUGUACAUGCAUUGUAGGUAUUUUAGGGCCUUGUAAGAACAAAUGUACUCCAAAACAAAAGCCAGAUUUUGAGUUGUUUUAUUCCACAACUAUUUUUAUUAGUACAGACAUCUUAGGUCAAAAGCAAGAAAAUUGGAUCAAAAAAUUUUAUAUACCAAUCAUAAAACAGGAAUGUUACCAGUUAGUACCCUCUAAAACUACCUUUAUUGGACUUUUUGCCUGGAUACAGGUGUAAGAAUGCACCAAGAAUGACAUCAAUGAAACUAAAUUUUGCUUGAUGUGCCCUGAAUUCAUUAGCCUGUUCAUUGGUUCUCUACAUUCUUUUUCAGGACAGAGAGGUUGAUUUACUUGCCAAGGAAUUUGAACUUGCCAAAGAGCGACAAGCAGAAUUUCUAGGAGACAGGUAGAGUACAAUUCAUGAUCAUUUUUGUUGUAUACUCUGAACACUCCCAAGAGCUACCCCUUUUAAAAUUAUAAAAGCAGUUACAAAAAGAUUCAACCAGGAUAAAGAAGAUUUCAUUUAAAUAAGUUUAUGAUUUUGGUUGUAAUGAACUUUUACCAGAACAAGAUGCAGGGUUUUUUAUUAGACAAAAUAAUGAGCAUCUCAUGAGCAGUGAUCUUGAAAUAAUGACAUUUUUCAGAUUGUUUUACAAUUAGUUUUAAAACAAUUUUGAUUUUAUAUGUUGUGUUAUCUAUGCAUUUAACAACUUUUUUAUAAUUGCAGGGGAACAUUAGAUUUGAAUUUGAAGCAUGCUGCCAUAGAAAAGAAGACCAAUCAUGAUAUUCAUGCCAGGAAAUUGCGAGAAAAAGAGAGGGACACAAAGUAAGCCAUUAUGAACAGGAAAAACAGAAAGUCAUGUUUUUGUCAAUGUUUCAUCUCUGUAUCUAGUACUGAGCCAAAGAAAAAAAAACUCUGUUUUAUUUUCACAGAGCUUUGAAAAAGAGUGAGUUGCAGAUGAAAGUGGGAGAGGAUGCGUUGGCGCAUGUGAGAUCCGUUUAUGACAAAGUCAAGGCUCAGGUUGACAGUGCUCCAAGAGAUGAUGGAACAUUAUUGGAAAAAAGGAAAGAGCUUCAAAGGGAAGUUGAUGUCACAAAACGCACUCUUGCUCAACAGGUAACAUGUUUAUAACAGAUAAUUUUUAACAAUUUAGAGCUGUUAUUUUCGGCCGUGAUUUAAUACAUACAUGCAUUUAUGUGACUUUUCACAAUUUUGAUAUAUCAAGCCACCUCACCAGCUGGAUGGCUUAAAUGACAUAAUCUCAAGUUCUUUUCUUGUGAAUUCAAAAGCACAACUUUUUUAUGAAAUAAUUAAUUCAGAGUACAUUAAAAUAAUAUCAGGUUUGAAAUGCCUGAAUCAAACCAAUUCUACUUACAUUUUACUUUGAUUUAGGGCUUUGUUUUCCUAAACCAAAGAAAAAUUCAAAUCAAAUUGGUAUAUAUAUAUAUACAAGUGUAUAAAAAACACGUACAAUGUAUCUAACUUGUUUCUCCUGUACUUGUUUUGGGCAUAAAAGUUUAUUAACUAUAUCAUAAUAUGUACAAAAUAUGUACAAAAAAGUAAUGUGCUUUACGUUUAUACCAACAUUAAUCAAAGUUUCUGAGAAUUUUUGUUUAUAUCUGUUUUCUUACAAUCUCUGUGCUCUAAUUUUUGUCUUGACUUCAUUCUGGUUCAUACAGAAUGCACUAACUGCUCAUGAGCGCGCACGUGUGGAACAGAUGAUUCAAGAAGAGGAACGACUUCUAAUGGAACAGAGUGAAUUGAGAGUCGAUGUCAUUGAUUUGACAAGACUAGCACAGAUUAAGGUACUAUAAAUAAUAAAUAAUAACAGUUUAUUAAACUCUCUUGCAGUAACUUACUGAAUUAACAAGUUAUAAUACAAUGAAAACUUAAUAAGAUCAACUAUGUACUUUUCACGCCAGAACAUGCAUCACAUUUGUUAAAAAUUCUUAAAAGUGAAAAAGUCUUCAGUGCGCUUUGUUCUACAGGUAGCAAUGUUUCUGUAAAAGUACAGCUGGUCUGAUUAAACUAUUGGUAACUGUUACCUGUGUGUAUUCCAAUUAAAUAUUAUCAUGUAUCAUCACAAUUCUGAGAAGUUUUGCUACACUGUACAUGAAGAACAGUAUCUCUAUGUACUUACACUUUGCAUAAUUGCACUUUUUUGUCUACAGGCAGAUGAAAGAGAGCAAAAAGCCAGGGAUUACAUGAGAGCUGAGGUUGGAUACAUUUGAUUAUAGAAAUUUAGAGGUUCAAAUUUAUAGAAAUAUUAUGUUCAACAAAAAUUAUGGCUUAUGUGUAGGCUAAGUCUCUAUCCUGACUGUAAGUUUCUUCUCAGACUCUUGUCAGUUACAAAUAAUUUCCCAAGUUAUGAAGCUCAACCUAGAGGAGACUUUAGGUUGGUUUCUUACAUGUCACUCAAUUGGUCAGGCAGACGGACAGUUAGUCAGUCAGUCACUUGGAAACAGAGAAAUGGUCUCAUUUACAAUUGCAUACUUGUGUUUUUCAUGUUGGCAUGUUCUCAACAAUAGCGUAACUCCAUCUCUCUGAAUAUAAUCCACACACAAGCAACAAUUCCUCCUAUCUAUUCAAGCUAACAAAGGGCUCCAAAUUUCAGCUUUAGAUGAAACUCUUUCAUUUGGUCAAUUUAUAUUAUCUACAUGUACUCACUUAAUAAAACUAAAUUAUCUUGUACCACUUCUACCGAAACUGCCCUCUUUGUGGGCAUUCAGUUGGUUGAUUGUUUGGUCAGUCAGUUUGUCAGUCAGUUACUGUAGUCAGUCAGUUAGUCAGUCCCUCAAUCAGUGAACCAAAUGUUGUGAUCUUGACAAUGUUCAGAAGAUUUCAUUUUGAACAAGAGAAACAUUUCUUAACUAGAUUUAGAGAUUAUUUAUAAGGAACACCUGACACCCUUUCUUUAACGUAGAGUCUAUGUUAUUUCAAUUCAGCUGAGAUACCAACGUGCUCUUGAAGACUUGAAAACCAAAAACCUCAGUAUUCAAGACAGUGCGAAGAAAUAUGCAGAGAUGCAGCACAGGUAAUGAAGUUUUAUUAUCGACUUUCAAUGUACAUGAACAAGUAAAACCAUCGUCAUGGUAUUCGGUAAUAUGCACGUAUUUUCACGUGCCUUGCUUACUGAUAUGAUUUGCCUGUUGUCUUAACAGACUGGCUGACUUUGCUAAGCUGUACGAUGUCAUAAAAAAUGAACGGAACAAAUGCGUGAACUUAAUCCAAACUAGUACACAGGUGAGCUAUUUGCAAGUUGUCAUCUUGAGUAGCUUGUACUCAAGAUUAUACGCGUACAGUACCGCUCUCGCGUAACCUUGCAUACCCUUUCAAGAUUUCAUCAGUAAUUCUCUUUACUAUCUGCCAUUUGAUCCGUAUGGUGUGAGUUUGGAGAACUGGUAUUGGAUUAACCUAAAAUCCCCUAAUUGUUGUAUUUCUCAAUUCUCAUCACUUGUCUGCGUAAUAUUGUAUUGGUAUUGUAAGGAGAAAUUCUGUCUUGGUCACUCAUGGGAGUUUAAGGGCUGAUGACGAACUUAUUAAACUUAGACCAAAAUUUUCACGUCUCACAAACCAUCACGUUCAUUUAUUCUCUUCAGUCCGAAAUGUUGGCGUAUAUUUAUUUUGUAGUAAAAUUUCUGCUUCUUUUCAUUUACAGAAAGCUGCUGAAAUGAGAGAGAAAAUUAAGAUUCUUCAAAACGAGAUAGAAAUUCUACGAUCAAAAGUAAACGCAAAAGACAGGUAUGUCAGACUUAAUGUUAGCUAAUCGGCUGUAUGAUGAUUUUAAUGAACUCCUAAAAUAGUCUAACAAAAGUCUUAGGCAACCCAACCGUUAGUUAUUUUUUAUAUUUUUCAAGGAGAAUAACAUAUAUUGCAUGCAUUAUAGCGCUUUUCGAUUGAGUGUCGCAACACCAAAACCAAGGUAACUGCAACGGCCAGUCAAAAGAAAGGAAAGAACCCUGAAGAGCCAAUUACAACUCAAAUUAAAAACAAGCAAAGUGCCUAAAGCGCGGGAAAAGGCGAGCGACCAAGUCGUGAUCGUUGUUAGUUUUGCAUCUGAUUGGUUGAGAGAGGAUGCAAAGCAAAGUAAAGCAAACCCAUUGUAAUCCCGGAUUACUUUCAAUUUUCGACUCUCAGUUGAAAAUUGCCCUAGUAGAUGAUCCUAGGGUAUGUUCAGCUGAUGUAUUGCGAAAUUUUUAGUGCAUUAUGAUAUGGACGAACUUGAGAAUGAGACGCUCUUGUUUGAAGUUUUCAUGGUUUCUAAUUUUGUGAGUAUCUUUUUUCUAUUUUCAUUACAGACUCCUUCAGAAAGCUCGCCUGAAAAGGAACAAUGCAGUCGUAAUCCGCGAUAGUUUAAGAAACGAAAUGAGUAAAAGAUCUAAGACUGAAGAGGAGAACAGGGAGAAGAGAGAACAACUGGUAAUUAUUUUAUUUGCAGAACAGUUUUGAUGCAAGUCGUUGGGUUGAUGAGAACUUUCAUGUUCAUGGUAUCACUGUGAUAGAGCAAUUUUCAGCUGAGUAAUACGGGGUUGCAUUGGUUUUGCUUUACUUCGCUCUGUGAUUGGUCCAAAAAACUCGUGCCUCUCUCUCUCAACCAAUCAAAUGCAAAACUAACACCAAUCACGACAUGGUCGCCCGCGUUUUCCCGCGCUGUAGGCAGUUUACAUGUUUUUUCCCUUUGAGCCUUCAUUGGCUCUUCAGGAUAUAAUCCUUUCUUCUGACUGGCUGUUGUAACUACUUUGGUUUUGGUUUUCCGACGUUCGAGCGGAAAGCGCUGUAUCGUGCAGAUUAAAUUUAACCGUGUGUAACACUUGCUUUAAAUUUCAACAGAGGCUGGACAUUGCGAAACUCAAUGAUCUAAUAAACAAAGCAGAAGAAAACAUGGUGCAGUUGAGGAAACGUUAUGAAAGCGGAGUGCAGGAAAGAAACGACAUGUAAGUCUUUUAAAUCUGAGUGUUUUAAAGUUUACCUUUACAUUCUCAUAUCGGUACGCAUAUUCUCAAUGAAGGGCAGGUAUUUCUCUCUAAGUUCAAGGGCUCAUUUAACCGUUUUUUAAACAGCAUUUUACCUUUCGUACUUUAUUUAUGUUUAGGGGAAUACACCUUAUCGAGACCAACGAAGAAGUAUGUGUAUUUUAUGAAAAGCUAAACAUACAAGGUGAGAGAAACUUACAUUUAGUAACUAAAGAAAACUAAAAGGUUUAGAAAGUUUACAUACCGUAGGAAAUGACGAGUAAGGGAAUUACAAUGUAGUGAUUUAAAAUUCAAUUUGCAGACACAAUGAUUCGCAAUGGAGAUGUAGAAUUGAGAGCCAGGGAAGAAGAAAUACGUUUUCUGAAGAUGGAGGUAAGGGGUUUAAGUAAUAUUAAUUGAAAUUUCGCAUUUUAUUCGCCAAAUCUACCAUCAUGAAUUUAGAAGUGCGACUCUUUAUAAUGGUAAGGAAAGGUUGGAUGGUGAUAUGAGAGGAUCGUGAUCGAAAGCUUACCUCAAAUACCCAUCGCAGAGUAAAAAUUAUACAUUGAUUCAAACUACGAGUUAAACGUUGUAAACAACACAGUAUUGUUUGACCGGGAAGCUUUAGGGAGUGAAAGGAAUCGUGGACAAAAUUUCGAGCUCGUUGUUCUUGGUGAAGUGUUCUACAGCCGGACAAUUCUUCAAUCUAAACUUGCCAAACUCGAUGGGCGUCGAUGAGUGUCGAUGAGUGUCGUACACUCAAACUUAAGUAAUUAUAACGCCAGGCUAGUCAGAAAGGAAAUGACCAUAAGGAGUUAAUACGCACUCAAGACAAUCACAGGCAAGUUAUGUGAAGCGGGAGAAACGCGGGUGUACCACAAGCUACAUGGUGCGCGAGAAACGCUCGUAUUCAGUCGCGAUUCAACGUGUAAAUUUGCAUCUGAUUGGUGGAGACGUAAAGUAAAACCAGAGUCGUCCUGAUUUCUUGAAGAAUUCUAUUGCAAAGCACUUAAGUAACAACUCUGCCUGUUGCAUUGUAGUUAUUUUAAAUCUGAAACCUAUUUUAUUUGUUUGCAGGUCAAUGAGACUAAACGGUCAAUAGCGGUCGCCCAGAAAAACAUGCCAAACAAGAGAGCCCUAGACAACGAGCUUGUCACCUUACAAAUUCAAGUAGGUUUUAAUAUUUUCUGCUUUCUAAAAUUCGAGUUUGAUCUUCUUCAUUAUACACAAUGGUCACUUUAGAUUAUUGAGGAUUUACAUUUGAUAUCGUGUACUUUCAUUUGCAGCUCGUAGCUUGUCGCGAGCGACUCGCCCAGCUCGAGAAGAAGCUCGAAGAUCCUUCGGAUGAAAAUCGUGUUCGGCUCCUUGGCGGCGAGGACCCUGAACCCGAGAUACUCGCCAAGAAAAUAGAGGAACUUGAGUUGAGACUGGCAGAGAAGGAAGAAAAACUCCUAGAGAAAGAUUUGAUUUUUGAAGAGGUCACAAGAUUGGCAGACCGAACAAAGAAAAAGUCGGAGACCGGCAAAGAAGAUACAUUGGAAUUAGCUAAAAAGGUUUGUCUUGUUUCGUCGGCGAUACACCCAAUUUUCAUAACAAAGUCCGGGGAAAUUUAACUGCUUGUGAAAGAUUCCUUUUAAAUUAGUUGCUGUAAAAUUGAGAAUGCUCUUCUUUUAACAUAAAGAAAUCAAGACAAACAAGAGUUUCUACUUUUUCGACGGUUGUCAUCCUAUCGGAAAGACAGUUUACAAACUAAUGCAUGCCCCACAACGUCUCCAAUGAUCUGCCUCAAACUGGUUUGUACCAUAUCUCUGUCCCCAGGUAAAUGAAUACCAGGCCAAAAUAAAAGACACCACUCGUAAAAUGAUGGCGCUAGUGUCAGAGCUGUCCAUGAAUCAAGCGGCCGCCAUGAAACUGCAGCAGGAAGUGAAGGGCAAAGAACAAGAGUUGGAGCAGUGUUACGUCCGCAUGGAGAGAGGAGAGGCGCCCUCUGAGGAGGCCGAGAGGGAAUGGUUCAGAAUGGUUCGAGACGAAGAACGUAGAACGAAAGAACUCUUGGAAAAGAAAGAGGUUUGGCGUUAACUUUAAUUACAGAUCACAACAACGAAUUUGGUCAAUGUCAGUAUUUGAUUUAGGGCUAGUUUACAUGGAGGUGGGGGACCCCAGGAAGGUGAGGUAACCCGUCUACGUGGGGUAACCCGCCUGUUCAUAUGAUUUCUUAUUUUACUUUGAUCACGUUUACAUGAUAGGCGGUCUGCCAGGUAGGGUAACCCUGUCAGCCGGGGCAUGACAUGACAUGGCAGAAAUCACCAGAAACCGCAACGGACACACAAGGAGUGUAAAAUGUUCACAUUUCGGAAUAUUUAGCGUUGUAAAUCGACCAUAUUUGGUUUCCCAAACUAUUCCGUAUAACGUAUUAAGCCAACGGUUCCUCGCGAAACCAAACACCGCGUAACACAACGCGUGACGCUUUCAUGAAGAAACACAUAUGUGUUCGAGAAUUAAUCUUUCGUCUUUUUCGAGAUGUGAGCUUGGGACGCCUCUGCUCAAACUUCUUAAUUGCAAGCGCAACAACAACCUCAAGAAACCUCAACCCAGUACCCUGGGGUUGUAAGAUUGCAUGUAAACGCGUUUCAUUUUUCGAUCACGGCUAGGCGGGUUACCUCACCUACCUGGGGUCCCUCACCUACCUGGGGUCCCCCACCUCCAUGUAAACAGGCCCUAAACAUAUCAACGAUAAAAUCGGCAAACAGGAAUUAAAAAUCUAAUCAAAUAAUCAGCGAAAGAAUUACAAAAACUCGUUGCAAACGUAACACCAUAAAAUAGCUCGCAUUUUUGAAGUUUUAAGGGGAAGGUCUUAACGUAAAUUCAAAAAUUGACAAGUGUAGGGCGGUCCUACAUUUUCAUACGUUCGUAGAUUGUUGUGAGCGUAGUAGUAUCAAGGGUAGGAUAUUUUCUCUAAUCACUUACUUGGAAGGGUCAUCCUUAUCGUUUCUCUCGUUGCGCGUACUUUGCAUUUCGACUUCUUGCCUUCACUCGCUUAAAAGACCCCUCCUCCCUCAAAAUUGGAAAAUCAUACACAUGCUUUGUGGGCUGUUUGAAUAUAUGCAUGUUGUCCUGAGCGCGUGCACUCUGAUCAAUGAGCGCUUGGAUGCAGAACCUGCUUCUCAUUUAUCUUCUGAUCACCACUUUUUGAAAAAUGUUCGCCUUAUUUUCCACAGCGCGAAGAAGAGGAAGAACAUUAUAUACUGCCUGGCGGAAUCUACACAACAGCUGAGCCUCGACCUAAUGCUUACAUCCCGGAUGAUGACUCAGAACUUCCUAUUCCCAGGCCCUAUGGUUCAUUAGCACCAUUUAAACCCACGGAGCCUGGGUCAACAAUGCGCCACAUUCGGAAACCGAUAAUAAAGCCGAUUGAGAUUUAA